AUGUAUUACCUGGCAUGGACCAUGCUUGCAAUUCGAGCACGUGAUAGAACUUCAAACAGUUUAAAGCCAAGAGGUGUUCUUGAAACAAUACACAGUGCUUCUGACGUUCAGUGCGGGCGUCCGCAGUUCGCCCUAGACAGCGCUGCAGCAUCCUCCGGCACCAUUAUUGUCAAAGUCGGCCGUAAUGGCAAGGAGUACACACUCCAUACAGAACUUCUCAAGCAACACUCCGGAUACUUCCGAGGAGCUCUAUCCCACGACUGGAAAGAGACCGUCGACGGUAUCAUCCCUCUUACCGACGUGGAAACGGACUUAUUCGACAUGUUCGUUGACUGGAUCUAUCAGGGCACCAUUUCAACCCCCUUCGAUAAAACCGGUCCACUCAUCAAAGUCAAAAUGCGACAUCAAUGCUAUUUCCUGGCUGACAGACUCUUGGCUGUCGGCAUGAAGGAUGCUCUGAUGGACGAUAUUUUUCGCCUGUAUGAACAGACUGGCUACGGAUUCUGUCCCUCGGGCAGCGAAAUUACUGACGUCUUCGCCAAGUUGACUGAGAUGGAUCCAUUGGUUAAGCUCUAUGUCGAUAUCUGGCAUACCACUGGAGGCCCUGAGCAGGGAGAAACCCCGAUUAUCAAUGACAUGAAGAAUUUGCCCAAAGAAUUUCUGGUGCUCUUGGCGAAGAUCUUCACGGUCGGUGAGGGACGGAAGGUGGGACAAUGA